CGGGCGCCAUGAUGGGCAGACGGCGCAUACAUACACACAUACAUGCAUACAUGCAUGCAUACACACAUACAACGAGCCUCCCGCGACCACGAUGCAUUCUGGCCCGCCCUCCGAUGCGCGCCCACCCUCCGAGUACAAGCACAAGUAAGUAGGGCAAUAUAAUAUGACUGGCGGUGAAAAGUGAACAGGCGCGGCCUCGUCCGAGCGUGAGGCUAGCCCAGCCAGUUACUUACUGACUUGAUCGUCUUAUCUCUCGUCUCGUUCGCCUCAGCGGCACAAUGCACGUCGAGUCCGUUUCUCUUCUCUCAUUCCCCGGGCGCGCCGUCAAAUGAGUGCCAGCCUCACGGGCGCUGGGCUGCCCCCUUCGACCACGCUGCCCUCCCUUCGCUCCCCACAGUCCGCAUCCGAAGCCCGGCUCACGUCGGCCCUCAGCAAUCUCCGCGCGCUCUACUGCCCCGUGCGCCUGCCCACGCUCAUUUCCUCCCCGACAUCCAGACGAGACCACAGAUCCAUCACAUCGCCACCACGCCCAGUCGACUCUGGAUACGCCUCGCAUGACGACGACGACGACGCCGCCGCCGCCGCCGACGCCGCCACUCUGCAAGACGUGACCGCAGCUCUGCGCGCCGACCCCUUCGAGCGCUCUUUUGCCAUCCAAUGGCUGAACUCGCUCAUCGCCCGUUCCGACGACUUGCACAUGCAUCAUGACGCCCGCGAACGCCUUGUUGAUGACGCUGCCGUGAUUCUUUCAAGCCUGUUCGAGUCCACCACCAGCCACGACGAAGAGGCCCUUACUCGUAACUUUGCCUUUGCCAUGCCUUCCGGAGAAGCAAUCAAAGUCACGCUCAACGAUGCACCGCUUUCAACUACAGACCAUACUGCCGUCGGUCUCCAAUCCUGGGGUGCGAGCAUCGUGCUGAGCAGCCUCAUGUGCGCUGACCCCACGCGCUUUGCACUCGAUUCACCAAGCCUUGCACCGCAUCCACACAUAACCGAACUUGGCGCUGGAACCGGUCUCGUCAGUUUGGUGCUGGCCAAACUACUCCCCGCCAUGCAUGUUGCCACGGCCACCAUUUUGGCAACCGACUACCAUCCUGCCGUUCUGCAAAACUGCACAGCCAACAUCAAUACCAACUUUCCUCCAACCUGCCAUGAUGCACCGCCUGUCAAGACUGCCAUUCUAGACUGGGCCCAACCCCCUCCACACCUCAAGGCAACGUCGCAUCUCCUCAUUGCCUCUGACGUCGUAUACGCCCCCGAACAUGCAGCUUGGCUGAGGGACUGUGCAGCCCACUUGUUAACCACGACCGGCACCUUCUGGCUCAUGGUCACAGUGCGCAAGACUGGCAAGUUUGAGGCAAUUCCAGACACCGUAGAGUCCGCUUUUGCACCCAAACUCUGUCCUAGGAACGACAGCGGCAUGACAUUCCAAAUACUCGAAAAAGACUUUGUCGACAAGAGAAGGGGUAUUGGCAGGGGUGACGAGACCGGAUACAAUCUUUACCGCAUUGGUUGGUCAUAGACGCUACACCACAUACAUGCCAGUACCAACGGCGUUUUUGAGGCAUUGCAUUUCGUUUGCAUGCAUAGACCAAGUUACGAUUCGCCGACAUGGAUUGUGCGCCAUGAUAUCACAACUACUAGGAGUUUUGAUUACCUUGGACAUAGCAUACAAGUAGAAGGGCAUCAUAUAUAUAGAAUAGACUUU